AUGAACGGUGCUAGCGUCCAGACGAACGGGAGAACCGCGAAGCCACCACCUACAGGCCCUGCACCGCCCGCUCCUGCUUCUGCACCCCCGGUCCCGCCAAACCACACCCAGCCACAGCAACCACCACGUUCCAAUUCGCAUGGACCACCUCCGGCUGUCAACGGCGCGCACAGUCAUCCACAGAAGGGGAAGAAGAAGAAUGAGCCUCCACCCGUUGACCCCGCGACUAUGUACGAAAGCUUGAAGAACAGGAUAGCCGCUCUGGAGGAGGAGGAGGUGCACGAGGAAGAGGAAGAGAGGAAGUUCGCUGAGGAGGCACAGAAGUCUGUGAAGGGGAUGGGAGAGAAUGCUAUCCAUGCCAAAUACAUUGAGCUGUUUGCAGAGCUGAAGAGGAUGGAACGAGACCAUGCGAAGGAGAAGCAGAAGUUGGUGAAGGACAAGGACGCAGCUAAGAGCCAGCUCACCAAAGCCAACCAGACGAAGACGAAGAUGGAGAACCUUGCGCGAGAGCUGCAGAAGGAUAACAAGAAGUUACGAGAGGACAGCAAACGGUUAGCGCAGUGCGUAGAGGACGCUCAGGACGAGAUUGCACAAAUGAAGAGCGACAUGGCCAAACGUGCCGAGAAGGCCAAGCUGCAGGACGUCAAGUACAGGGAAAUGCCGGAUAUUGUGGUGAAGGUAGUCUGCCGAUAUCGGCAGGAACUAUUUUUCAAGAUUUCGAGAAAGACGAAGCUGUCUCGGCUCUUCAAUGCGUGGACUGAGAGGAUGGAGACGUCGUCGAGUAAGAAAGUGGAGAACGUCAAAGCACUACCAGGGCCAUCGGGGCCCAGUUCAAAUACCCAAGUGAAUGGCACAGCAAAACUGGAUGGUGACGUCCAGAGCGGCCCAAGCUCUAACAUGCAGUUCAUCUUCUCCCAUGGGGGCAGAACACUUGAGGCUGACGAGACGCCAGAGGAGGCUGGCCUGGAGGACGGUGAUGAGAUCCUUGCUGUGGAGUUGAUGGACCUGACGGAUGGCCCAGAGACCGACGCCUUGGAUGAGAGAGUGGAGGUCAGACGGCAAAAGCUGAAGAAGCAUUGGACGGAGAAUCCUCGAGAAGCGAAGAAGUCCCUCGAAGAUAUGUUUGAUAUUGUCGUACGCGAGAGGCUGAAGGAAGUUUUGCGGCAAUAUGAGCUGCGAGAGCGACACUUCGAAUGCGUGAUUCGAUCGAAGGAACUCGAAGUUCUGUUAUCUCGAGCUCGAGCAGCGGAACAAAAGCAAGUGGCUGAAGGGGAGAAGGCUAGGGCAGAGUUUCUCGAGGAGCAGAAAAAGCAGAUGGUUAAAGAGCUCGAGAGUGCUCAGGAAGGGCAGAACAUGCUGAUUGAUAAAUUAAUCAGCUGCUGCACUGAUCCGCAGUCUGAGCGAACACAGCGAAUAUUCGCUUCCCUCCGAGAAGAGCUGGAAAGGCGGAGAGCCGCGGCGGCGGCACCUCCUCCAGAUCCUCCCUCCGGAGACUAG